CUCCCAGCUCCAAGCACCUUCUAGCUGACCUCCGGGAGAAUAAGUUAUUAAAAUAUGAGUCUUUCACUGUGAAAACAGAGAUGUUCUCUGUUAUAUUUAGAAGAAGCACCUUCACUGCCCAGAAGGUUUUGCAUUGGGCAGUUCCUCCGCAAAGAUGUUGGAUAUCUUCGCUGGCUGGAGCUUCUGAUGGUGGAUCCAGCCGUCCAGUGACAUGUUGGGCCUCAUCAGCCAGGCUGCCCUGUCCAGAACAGGCUGCUCGACCAGCAAAAACUGCUGCUGUUCUUGGUUUCAUGAGGAGCGAGCCUUUCCUGAGGCAUAGUGCUGCAUUUUUAGCGAGGAAUCAACAUUUUCACUCUUCUGCUGUGAGGCAGAAAAAGCGUCCGCAGCCUUUACCGCCUCCCAGAGAGCUUGAUCUGCUCCGUUAUGACAUGAAAGACUUGUGGAAGGGUCCCAAACCUGCCCUGUACCUGGGGUUUGCAGGGCUCAUCCCUUUCGUCUCCCCGACUCUGUUCAUGGCUUUGAGUGAGAUCUACAUCCCAGAGUUGGCCUACGCUCAAUUAGCUUACGGCGCCUCCAUCCUUUCCUUCCUAGGCGGAGCUCGCUGGGGAUUCGCUGUUCCUGAGAGCAGCCCGGCCAAACCUGACUGGAUAAACCUGGCCAAUAGCGUGGUUCCCUCCCUAUUAGCCUGGGUGGCAAUGCUGAUGAGCGACAGCAUCAUUCCUGCAGUCACCAUGGUGAUCAUGGGACUUGGAAUCUCACUGCAUUAUGAUCUGUCUCUGCUGCCCACCUACCCCAGCUGGUUCAAAGCCCUGCGCUCCGUCCUGACUUUUGUGGCAUUUUUUUCUCUUAUCGGGACACUCGUAAUUAAGGAAAUCUACCCAGAGAAGAACAUUUUCACAGAUUAGUAU